UGAAACACGCCGGGUAAUUGUUACUACUCUUUAAUUAGGCUCGGGUCGUGUUGGAUUUCUCACUUAUAAGCCCACAAAAUCCACACAAUAUCCGUUAUUUUAUCUUCAUUAUUAUUUAUUUAUUUGUCAUUACAUAAUAAUAAAUCAGGAAAACCCCCAAAUUUUCAAAAUUCAAAAUUACUUGUUCACCCCAAGCUCAACAUAUCUCUCUCCUGUCGCCGGCAACUCGUCGGCGAUUUCUCUUUCUCCGGCGAAAAAUUAUAUACUUCUGAAAAUAUCUUUGAUAUGUCAACUCCUCAAAAUGAUCCACUCCUGCAAACAGAAACAACAUGUGGGUUGUUGCUACAUGAACUGCAGAUUAUAUGGGAUGAAGUUGGGGAGUGUGACACUGAAAGGGAUAGAAUGCUAUUUGAGAUUGAACAAGAAUGUCUAGAAGUGUAUAGACGUAAAGUGGACCAAGCGAACAAGAGCAGAGCUCAACUAAGGCAGGCAAUUGCUGAUUCUGAAGCAGAGCUCGCAGCUAUCUGUUCUGCAAUGGGGGAGCGACCGGUGCAUAUUAAACAGUCUGACAAGAACCAAGGAGGUUUGAAGUCAGAACUUAGGGCCGUUCUUCCAGAACUGGAGGAGAUGCAGAAGAGGAAAUCCAAGAGAAAGAAUCAAUUCAUUGAAGUUAUGAAGCAGAUACAGAUGAUUAAGAAUGAAAUCUAUAGGUUUUCUUCCACAAGCUUGGUAGUAGAUGAAAGUGAUUUAUCAUUACGCAAGCUCGAAGAAUUGCAUACGGAACUACUCGUGCUUCAAAAAGAAAAGAGUGAACGUUUGAAAAAGGUUAUGGAUCACUUAGGUACUUUAAAUUCCCUAUGCUCGGUUCUUGGCAUGGACUUCAAACAUACUAUCAAUGAGGUUGAUCCAAGUCUUGGGGAAUCAGAAGAAACUAAGAACAUUUGUAAUGAUACCAUCCAAAAUUUAGCAGCUGCAAUACAAAGACUACAAGAAGUUAAGCUACAAAGGAUGCAGAGGCUACAAGAUCUUACUGCAUCCAUGUUGGAACUAUGGAAUUUGAUGGAUACACCUAUUGAAGAGCAACAGAUAUUUCAGAAUGUCACAUGUAAGAUAGCUGCCAAAGAACAUGAGAUAACAGAGCCUAACAUGUUGUCUAUGGAAUUCAUUACUUAUGUUGAGGAAGAAGUGGGCCGUUUGGAAGAAUUGAAAGCAAGCAAAAUGAAGGAGCUUGUUCUGAAGAAGAAGUCAGAACUAGAGGAGAUCUACAGAAAAACACAUAUGGUUAUAGAUUCAGACAGUGCAAUGAAUAUAGCUAUUGAAGCUAUUGUAUCUGGAGAUGCCAAUGCUGCUGAUGCUGUCCUUGAGCAAAUUGAGCUCCAAAUUGCUCAAGCUAAAGAGGAAGCUUUUAGCAGGAAAGACAUUCUAGACAGAGUUGAGAAAUGGAUCGCUGCAUGUGAGGAGGAGUGUUGGCUUGAGGAGUAUAACAGGGACGAAAAUCGCUACAAUGCUGGCCGAGGCACCCACCUAACUCUAAAGCGUGCUGAGAAAGCUCGUGCUUUAGUUAAUAAACUUCCAGCAAUGGUGGAGGCAUUGGCUUCAAAAACAACAGCAUGGGAAAGUGAGAGGGGAAUUCAAUUCUUUUAUGAUGGUAUUCCUCUCCUCUCUAUGCUUGAAGAGUAUACCAUCUUGCGUGAAGAAAAGGAGCUAGAACGUAAGAGGCAGAGGGACCAGAAGAAACUUCAGGGACAGUUAAUGGCAGAACAAGAGACUCUUUAUGGCUCAAAACCAAGCCCUAUGAAGAACCAAAGUGCCAAAAAAGGUCCUAAAGUGUCAUGUGGUACUCCGUGCAAUAGAAAGCUUUCGCUUGGAGGAACAAUGCAGCAAACUUGUAAAACUGAAGUCCCUCAUUCCACAAAAGCUACUCCAAACACACGUCAAGCAAAGAAGUCUGAGCGCUUUCAUCAACUUGACCAAUUUAAUCAUCCUACUGAUGAUGGGUUUGCAGCUUUAUCAGCAGCAGUGAGGAGAGGAGGUUUAGGUAUAGAUGAGCUUCCUUCAAAAAAGCCAUCCAUCAGUGCACUAAACGGUCCAGAAGUUGAUACAGCAGUGAUGCGGAAGCCUUUCUCACCCAUUUCUUCCAAAGGUUCCUCCAAGUCCAAUGCAACAAAUAUAUUGGGCGAUGUGAACAUAAAACAUAACGAGACAAUGAUAAAGACCCCGCUAAGUAACCAUAAUACACCAUUCUCCACUCCUGUAAAGACAAUUUCUACUUAUGACGAGCACAGAACUCCUGCUAAAGUAUUGCCAAUUCCCGUGCCUUGUACUCCAUCAACCGUGUCUACUCCAAUGCAAACGACAACACCAGCUCCUGCUGUUGUUAUACCUUACGAUUCGAAGCUCGUUGAAAAUAUUCAUGUGAAGGAGGAGAUGGAGUACUCCUUUGAGGAGAAAAGGCUUGACUGUUACCUUCAGUGCACACAUUUGUAGUAAGUUGUCAUACAGGUUAGAUACCAACUCCUGUAGACAAAAUUGAUCGUUAAUUAAAGGCUUUCAGUAUUUUUGUAUAGCAGUGAAUACAAUAUUUGUUGAUAUGGUUGAAAAUUCGAGUCAAUUCAUUUGGCUUUUGUAAUUUGCUAAGAUGAUGGAACACCAAUGUUGUCGCAGUCUCCAAAAAUGUUGCUGCACCCAUGUCGGAUCCUUCAAAAAUAUGCAAUUUUUGAAGGAUCCGGCACACAUUGGUGGACAAUUUUGAAGAGUCCGAGCGACGUAACUGUUGGACCUAUUCAGACGAACUGAACAUACUGACACUGGAGCAAGUUUUUUUCUUUCACCUCUUCCUGUAUUUGCUUUUGCAUUUCGUUUUCAAAAUUUUAAUACAAGACACUAUAUUUAUGCAAAGAUAGUGAUCCCUAAAGUGAGAACGCUUUCAGAGUAUAUAAAUUAUUAUUCUUGAAUUUUGUGAGAAUAAAUUUGUUGCAUUUCGUUAAA